AUGGCUAGGAAGAAGGUUAAGCUUCAGUGGAUUGUGGAUAAUGCUGCUCGUAAGGCCACAUAUAAGAAGAGAGUGAAGGGUCUUAUGAAAAAAGUAAGAGAUCUCAGCAUUUUGUGCGGCGUUGAUGCGUGUGUAAUCACGUACAGCCCAUACCAUCCAGAGCCCCAAGUUUGGCCUUCCCCGAUUGAGGUCGAACAAGUCAUUGCUGCGUUUAGGAGCCGGCCGGAGAAUGACCAAACCAAGAAGGUCAUGAACCAAGAAAAUUUCACCUGGCAGAGGAUAUUCAAAGCGAGGGAUGAAGUGCUGAAACAGCAGAUGAAGAACAGAAAAAAGGAGAUCGAAAACCUAAGGAUCCAGUGCUUGGGUGGUAGGCUGCUGGAGGGUUUAGAGAGUAAAGACCUCCUAGAUUUAACGUGGGCCAUUGACAAUCAGUUGGAGGCAGUGAAGAACAGGACGGUUCUAGUUCCCUGGCCCCAAGUAGCAGCUGACGCGAGGGGCAGUGCUAAUAAUACUGGUACUGGUAUUGGAGAUGUUCCUGCUGUGGGUGCUUUUACUAGUAUUGAUGCUGUUUCUCAUGUUGGUUCUGCCUCGGGUGUUCCUCUUUCUGUUAUUGGUGCUGUUGGUGGUACCAAUGCCGCUGCUGCGCAGACAAGUUUCGAUCUUGCCAUUGACGCUCCAAACAAUCCUCUAAUUAGAGAACAAAACCAAAACCAAAACAUGGGCAAUGCAUUGGGAGAUCCACUGGACUAUGACGUCUAUGAUUUCUGGCGCAAUCCCUACAUUCUCUGA